AUGUUUCUGGUCCUCUUCAGAAACAAAGGAACUACUGUGGACCAGAGGGGCUAUGUUCAAUUAGCAGUCUUUGAACAUCUCUCUUCACAGGAAAGCCCUGUUGUGGCUGCCACCAAGAGUUCACAUCUUUGUUUGGUCCACUGGACACUGAGCCCCAUCGCCUCUGCCUCAGCUGUUGUGCCCAUCCCAGCCAACUGUGGCCAUGGACAACUUCAACUUUUACAUAAAAAAGAGCCCGUGGGCCGUGUUACUUUCCAGCUCUUUGCAGACAAGUUUCCAAAGACAGCAGAAAACUUGCAGGCUCUGAGCACUGGAAAAAAGGGAUUUGGUUAUAAGGUAUCCUGCUUUCACAGAAUCAUUCCUGGGUUUAUGUACCAGGGUGGUGACUUCACUCGCCAUAAUGGCACUAGUGACAAGUCCAUCUAUGGGGAGAAUUUUGCUGAUGAGAACUUUAUCCUGAAGCAUACUGGCCCUGGCAUCUUGUCCAUCACAAAUGCUGGACCCAACACAAAUGGCUCCCAGUUUUUCAUCUGUACUGCUAAGACUGAUUGGUUGGAUGGCAAGCAUGUGGUCUUUGACCAAGUGGAAGAAGGCAUGAAUAUUGUGGAAGCUAUGGAGUGUUUCUGUUCUCGGGAUGGCAAGACCAGCAAGAAGAUCACCACUGCUGACUGGACAAAUCUAAUAAGUUUUUGUUUUGUUUUUUGUCUUAACCACCAAACCAUUCCUCUGUAG